AUGUCUGGUCUUGAGGUUGUCGCUGCCGUCUCGGCAGUGAUUUCAGCAUUCCAUGGCGGAUCAGAGCUUCUCAAGCAUCUGAAGCAGAAGCGUCGCAACGCGCGAACUCAGGCGCAACAAGAGUUUGAAGAGCGACAGCUGCAGGAUUCGCUCGAAACCGGUGAACACCAAAUCGGGUUUCGCUAUGCGCAAGAUAUGAAAGAACUUGGCGACCAUAUACGGGUCGGCGAUGCUGUCGCUCGAGAUCGUCUCUUACACAUUGCUGUCAUCAUGCAGGCAGAGAUAAUCAAAAGUCUACAGAUGGCAGUGAAGUACGAGAACGCCGUACUAAACCUCAAGAUCCUACAUGAGGCUUCGAUCAUGAAUCGCAAGGACACAUUCGUGACUUUGGACGAGCUGAAACAAAGGAUCCUGGUCACACGACCUCUGACACGGCAGCUGCAGCAAAUGCCUAGAGGCCCGACGAACCGCUUCUCUGAGACGUCGGUGCAUACAAUGCAGGCGAACAACUAUUCCCCGACGAGUCCGAUACCAGAUAACUAUAUCCCAACAGCUGUGACUAUCUCUACGCGGGCGAACUCGAAGGAAGAAAAACGCGGUUUAGCGCAUUAUUUCCAGAUGAAACGCAGGAAUAGCAUGUCUACUUCAUCUGCCGCUGGUCCUUCCAACACGUCUGUACAGGCUGCAAACAUCAACUUCAGUGCUGCGCUUGAACAAUUGGUCGAUGCGAGGGGGACGGAAGAUCGUGCAACCAUUAUGGAAGAUAUUGAUGAAAUCAUAUCCUCGUACAAGAGUCUACAGGUCAAUCACGGGCCAAGUGACCCGUGGAGUGGGCAUCAAAAUCUUGCGAGGCGGGAUACCCUGGCUACACUCAACGCAAACGAAUCAAACCAAAGAAAUUCAACGGGGUUAAAUGGAGACGCGAUGCAAAUGCUCCAAAAUUCACCCCAGACCUCGGAGGAGAACAGGGCGGAUGGACCACUGCUACAUCCAGCGUUCAACCAAAACUUCUUCGGUGCACAGCACGAUCAAGGGUUUUGCAAUCAACAGUACAUGGCCAAAAGUCCAUUUCGCCACAUACAACAGCAGUCGGACCAGCACCGUUGGUCAACUACAUCUGCUUCGAGUUCGACACACUCCGAGGCCCAAUCACUCGAUCGUAACAGCUCAAGCUCGUCGAAGAGAUCACUCACACAAACCCCACCACAUUCCCCACAGCCCGACCACUCUUGUCAUUCGCCCUUGUCAAUGCCAUCCCAUACGCAAUACCAACAAGUCAACGCAAAUGGUAGUAUUCAUUCGCCACCUCUCACUCCUUAUACGUCUGCGGAUCUGACAUUUACGACACCCAUUGCGCCAUUAUCACCCCAACAACCAAGACGUGCAUCGAGUACAUCUACAAACACACCACUGUGGAUGGAAACAUCACCCCAUGCACCAAACGCAUCUCGUAUGAACAUGAGUCCAGUAUCACAAACGCAAUUUACCACACCUCAUCAACCUCACUCACCUUCUCCUACCUCCUUCACAUCGUCACGUCAACUUUCAACACCCUGCAUACAAGAAGAAGACAAGAACACCAAGCCGCCACGGCCGCGCUACCACCUAACCCCAUCUGUCGUACGUGAUACGGCGAGUACGCAUAGCGACGCCAGUGAAUGUACCAUAACGGCAUCCGUGUUUGCAACAGCUGCAGCAACGGCCACCGCGACAGCGACAGCCCCUGCCGCCGCCGGUUUGCGACAUGACAGCGCUUCGGCGCCGUCGAGAACAUCCACUGACAGUAGUCUCUCAGCAACGAUGGGCAUCCUUCCUGGCCGUAGUGGUCUCCGCGGUUCUAUACGCUCCGACACUAUCCAAGGUGGACCUGCCGAUAAACAAAACAUGAUGGAUGGCCGACCCUGUAAGGACAACAACUACUGGGGCUUCUGCAAGGGCGCAUGGGCGGUCCGAGAAGAUGUCAAGAAGGGCCUUGCAAUGCGCACACUACCUCAAGGAAUGUACAACACGAAAACAAUUUGGGAAUGCCAGACAUGCAGCUUCAAAGGUGACACAUUCUCCGCGCCACACCCUACCAAGAAGAAUAAGAGGGAAAUGGUCGUCGACCCUCAGAUUUACAAAUCAAAAGCUGGCGUACGGUAUCGCUGGAUAUUUCUCGCAAAGAGCCACGUAAAGAAGAAAACAUCAGAGGGAUCGUAUGACGAUGGAAAUUAUGGUUGUGUGUUUUGCUCAGUUGAGGGUAAUGUCACUGGGAUCUAUGGAUCUGUGGAAACCUUGAUGAACCAUGUUUGGAGUCAGCAUGUAGCGGGUAUGUCUGAGAAGACGAGGUUGAAGACAAGGUGCAUAUUGGGUAGGGUGGCCGGAGCGGAUGAAACGUUUGAUAUCAACAUUCCUAUCUUCACACAAGUACAGGAGAUGGAGAGUUGA